CAGAAAGAGCACACACGUAACGAUAUUUAAGAUAUUCCCGAAGAAACGUCAAUGGUAAAUUUAUAUUCCCAAUACUUUAAAAAACAGUUCUGUCAACGUUUAUGGAGUUGUCGCGAAUCAAGGCAGCAUGCAGUGACACCCGAGGGUGAUCUUCAUAUCCAGUGGACAUAAUCCAUUAACCAUUAUGAAGACCUUAAAGCUUCUCGUGAUACUGGAGACAAUAGGAUAGACGGUCAUUACUUCAAACACUCAUACGUAAGCAGUACACUUCAGAGAUGUUUGCAAAGUUGAAGAAGAAGCUGGCAGAGGAAGCAGCCGCUGCCCCUCGUGCCGGCCGCAUCCCUCGCUCCAUGAGCAAAGAAUCCAUCACUUCAGUGGGAGCAGAUUCAGGGGAUGACUUUGCAUCCGACGGCAGCAGCUCCAGAGAUGAUUUCUCAUCUCAGAUCCAGCGCAGGAACGAUCAUAUACGAAAGCUGGAGGCCAAACUCUCAGACUACGCUGAGCAGCUUCGGCUAAUGCAGAAGACCAAGGAGAAGCUUGAGAUUGCAUUAGAGAAGUAUCAGGAUUCAUCCAUGCGGAAACUUCAGGACCAGAAUGAAGCUUUCCAGGCUAACAGAGCCAAGAUGGCAGAGGGCAUGGCCUUAGCAUUAGAGAAGAAAGACCAGGAGUGGAUGGAAAAGACCGCUUUAUUGGAGCAGGACAAGGCUUCGUUGGCUGCUCGACUUGAAGAAAUGACCGAGCAGAGCAUAAGUCUGUUCCAAAAGAGAGAUGACCUGGAUGAGCUGGAGGUCUUUCAGCAGCAGGAACUGGCUAAAGUCAAACACAUGUUGCUGAGAAGAGAAGAACAGCUGAGUCAGAGAGAGAAAGAGCUGAAAUUGAGAGGAGAGGAGCUGAACACAGCCACACUGAGACUGAGUCAAACCCAAGACAAACUCUACGAGCUGGGAGAAGAACACGAGGAGACCUGUCAGCUCAACUCUCAGCUGCGAGCGCAACGGGUUGAGUUGCUGAGCGAGAAAGAAGAGGCAAAGAAGAUGAUUGUAGAUCUGGAGAAGAGGGAGAAAGAGUUACAGCAGCUGAUCCAGCAGGUCUCAGACGAUUUCCAGAAGGCACAAAGUGAUGUAAAAUCACUGGAGAAGUCAAUGGAGCAUCUCCAAUCUGAACAUCAUAAACUGAAGCUACAACAUGAGCAGCACAAGAACAAGGCCGCAGUGAUGGAGGAGGAGCGAGAGCGUGUUUUGGCUGAUCUGCAGGAGAAGGCUUCUUCUUUAGAUAGGAGACUGGAAGCUAACUUUUCUCAGGAUGAACACCUACAGGAACUGCUUAAAGAGAAGUCAUCAUUAGAGCAGAGGUUAGAAGAGACCAGAGGAGAACUUCUGCAGGAGAGAACCAAUCACAGAACAGCAGUCAGCUCACUGGAGGCUCAGAUCUCUCGGCUGAACGCUAACAUCACAGAUCUCCAGACUCUGCUGAAGCACAUAGAUGACUCGUCCAAGGCUUACAGAGAGAGAACAGACGCACAGAUAUCAGAUCUGGAGCAAAGGCUGGUUAACGCCUCUAAGACGAUAAACAGUUGGGAACAGAAGCUUGCAGACAGUGAAUCACACACAGGAAAACUGCAGGCGGAUUGGGCAGAAGAGAGAGAGAGACUCCAGCAGCAUGUCUCCACACAGCGACAGAGAGGUCUGGAGAAAACAGCCAAGCUAGAUGAAGAACUUCUUGCACUGCAAAGGAGGAGAGAAGAAGAGAUCAGCACUUAUCUGGACAGUGUUCGGUUACUAGAGGAAGAGAAGGUGUCGCUAGUGAAGAGCAAAGCUGAGGUUGACAGCACUGUGGAGAGACUGACUGCAGAACUGGAAGAGUCCAGAGCAGAGGUGAGCAGCAGACAGACAGUGAGUGUUGAAAUUGCCAAAGCUCUGGAGGAAGCACGAAAACAGAGGGAGGAGCUACAGCAACAGGUCAGUAAUAUGACAGAGUCCCUCGAGAAGGCGGAGCAGGAAGUGAGUCAGCUCUCUAAAACAUUAGGGGUAAAGGAAGAGGAGCUAAGCGCCCUUAAGGAAGAAUUGCAGGCGGCCCGUAGCAGUUUGUCCUCUCUGCAGGCUGAGUGUGAGUCUCGUCGUCUGGAGGCUGAAGAGAAAGAGCGAGACCUCAACUCUCAGCUGACAUCACUACAGCAGGAAGUCCUUGCGAAAACACAACAGCUCACAUCUUACCAAUCACGGGUGUCUGAUCUGGAGGAUGAAGUGUCGAGAUUAACAGCAGAGUUGCAUGCAGACGAGUGUGACGGUGAACAGAACGGGACGGUUACUGCGAAUGAUCUCGAUGAGCUACAGAAGGUCAACAAAGACCUGGAGCAACAGCUUGCUGAGAAGAACAAGACAAUAAAACAGCUGCAGCAGAGACUUGUAGAACUGAAGAGGACUUUACAGAAAGAGCUGAAACUAAGACCAGACGCUGAUGCAGAGACUAAAGAGGGGAGGCAGGACAGAUCUGCAGUCUCGGACACGUCUGUUCCUGCUCCAGCCCCUGGGCCCGCUCAGACCCCAGGCCCGCCGCCCAUCUCCUCCAACACCACAGUCACCAACAGUUCAGACCUCAAUGACACACGGGAGAUCAACUUUGAGUAUCUCAAACACGUGGUGCUGAAGUUCAUGUCGUCCAGAGAAGCUGAGGCCUUCCAGCUCAUCAGAGCCAUUUCUGUUCUCCUGCAUUUCACAAAGGAGGAAGAAGACAUGCUGAAACAAACACUGGAGUAUAAGAUGUCCUGGUUUGGUUCCAAGCCCACACCCAAAGGCAUCAUACGACCUUCCGUCUCAGGAACCUCAAGCUGGAGCUGAGACCGACAGACAGAGAAACAGGGAACCAGUGGAUCGCUAUGAAGGGAACAAAUGCUGACAGGACGGUUUCAAUCUCUGCCUCGACAGUUUCAAUGUAGCUCAGAAAUUCCCUUUACAAAAACAUUUAGCAGGAACUGAAAUCAAAACACUCUAUGGAUCAUUUUUGUGAAUGUGAAGCUUGAUCCUUUUAAAUGAUGGUUAAAGGAUGUUUUAGGAUCAUCUGUGUCACUCAUGUACCGAGUGGACAAAAGAAUCUGAAAAAAACGUUUGUGUGGCGGAUGACCCGAUCUGCUUUCAAACAACUACCACUGUUAUUUUCAACGUUUUCAGCCGGAGGUCUUAACACAAAUUAUUUUUCACUUUUUCGAUCUGACUUCAUAGUUGGAUAAAUCAUAUUUGCUGCUUCAUUCCAUUGGUGCACAUAACCAGACACGAUAAUUCUGCCCCUUUCUGUCCAGUGCUUGAUUUCCGAGAGAUGUUAUGAGAUCCACUUGAAUGAUUUGGAAGCAUCUUCAAUCUGCCUUGUUUGUGUAAAUUAAAACGACGUGCAUUCCAAAGUAUUUAUAUAUGAAUACUUGUAUAUAAGCGAUAAGAUUAUAAAUCAGUGGCGAUAUGUUAUUUUACUUUUGUCUGUUGUUUUUUUCCAUGUUCUGUUCAUCAUGCAUUGGACUUUAAAACUGUUCACGAGUUUACGAGUGACGUGUGUGAGAGAGAUUCACUGUGGACUUGAAACUGUAAUAUUGAGGCAUAGACUGAAUAAACAAGUUUGCAUGCCUUACGUCGAAUGCUUUGAUUGUACUUUAGUGGUUUUAAGUGUAUAUUACAUCUUUUCAGUACACUUGAAGCCUUACUAUCAAUUGCAUUUCGGAAUGUCUUUUUACCUGUGAAGACUGAAGUGUGGUUAUCAGUCAAUGCCAGGGUUUUGCUGACAGAACAAUCUUAAUUUUGUGUGUUUUAACACUUGAAGAGCGAUGGGGUCAAGCGGUUUGAAUGACUGCAGCUUGUAGUGGAAAAAAUCUUGAAUAUCUCACAUGUCUUGGGAUGCGUUUCAUGUAUUCAGAAAAACAAACCCAAAGAAAUUGUUUGCUUGCUGUAAAUCAACUCAUUCCCAACUUCUCCCUGUGCACCUCAUAAAACGAUACUGGUUCAGGAACUUUGCUGUGCUUUAUCUUCCCUUGGAACUUUACCCAAUCCAACUGGUAAUUUGUACCAUUUGAUUUGAAUUUCUAUUCUGUUGUUUGCAACUGACAAUAUGCACUUUUGUACAAUCCAAUUCAUGUUUAUGAUACUGUGACCUUCACAGCGGUAUCUCUCACCUCUGGUUUCAGUUUAAAACCACUACAUCCUUACUUUCAUUUGACUCCAUGGUAUGUCAAAAAACAUCAAAACUUGAUUAAAAAAAAUCUUUCUCA